AUGACAAGGAGGAGUGGUGGGGCCGGGCUGGAGGACAUGCUCCUGUUCUUCCCGGAGACUCUGGCCAUCCUCUCAGACACAGGGGAACCUCAGGGAGAACUGACCAUUGAGGUGCAGAGGGGGAAGUACAAGGACGACCUGGGGAUCCUGACCCACUGUCUACUGGUACACGCCUCUAGCCGCGGCUUCCUAGACAAAUCACUGAGUGGAAGCUCCCUCCUAGGCUACCUAAACAAUAAUCUGGAGCUAAUGGAGCAGCACAGUCAGGAGUUCAUCAAGAAAUCCCUGGGUUUCCAGACAAUCCAAGUGGGCAAACAGCAGGCUACAAUGUUCAUCGUGGAGCAGACCAUACACUCUGAAGAGGGCAUCCCCUUCUCCUGCCAGUACUACUUGCUCUCUGAUGGGCACCUGGCUAAGAGAGUCCAGGCGGGCUCUCCAGGAUGUUGUAUCAUCACCAAGAUGCCUCUCAUCAGGGAGGAAGAUGUGAUUGAGCCUCCGCCCACGUUUGAUAAGAAGCCCCUGGUGUGGGAGGAAGACUUGGAGCUUUACUCAAAAUUCCUGGACCGGAAGGAGCAGCUGCGCCUCAGCCACACGAGCUAUCUGCGGCAUCACCCCGAGGCCCAAGCCCUGGUCUCCGACUUCCUGCUGUUCCUGCUGCUCCGCCGGCCGGAGGACGUGGUCACUUUCGCAGCCGAGCACUUCGGGCCGUUUGCAGCGCUGCGCUCACCUAUCCCAGCCCUGCGAUCCUCACACCAGCCCAGCCCUUUCCGCACUCUGGAGGAGGAGGAAGAGGAGGAGGAGGAGGAGGAGGAAGAGGAGGAAGAGGAGGAGGAAGUAGCAGUGGAUGUAGAGGGGGAGGAAGAAGAGGAGAUAGAAGAGGGUGAUGACUACUUGUACAUCUACGAGAAUGAAGACAUGGAGGACUACACCUACUAUGACAAUUACUAUGACUAUUAUGAAGAAGUUGACAGUUACGAUAAUGUCAACAACUAUGAUGAUGACGACAAUGACGAUGUUGACAAUUACGACGAUGAUGAUGAUGACAACGACAACAACGACAACGAGGAUGAGGAUGAUGUUGACGACAAUGUUGACGACGACGACGAUGACGACGACGACAACGACGACGACGAUGAUGUCGACAAAGUCCGAGCCAAAGUCGACAACAUCAAUGUAGACAAUGAUGACAACGAUGUUGUCGACAGUGACAACAACAACCAGGGUUAG